GUGGUGGUGGUGGAGGUGGAGGUGAGGGCGGCAGUAGCGGUGUGGUGGUCGAGUGGUGAGGAUGGUGGUGUCUCCCAAGGCCGUGUGUGUGGCGGUGGUGGUGGUGGUGUGUUCCGCGGCCCUACAGGUGCAUGGAGGAAAAAUCACAUUCCCCGGAGACGUGGCGGUGAGGGAAGAGGAGGUGGUGAAGAGGGACAAUGCGAGAGCCGAGGUGGAGGCGAGGACAGAGGGGGAGGAGGACGUGGUUAUGCAGGAGGAUAAAAGAGGGGAUGCCGCUAGAGGGCUGUGGGAGAGUGACAUUUUCUUCCUGCAAAAACUCUCUGGUCUGUUUGGAGGAGAUGACGAGGUGGAGAGAAAAGGAGGGGGAGGAGGGGGGAGAAGGCCACCCUACCCCUACCGACGCAAAGUUCCUCCUUCCUCCUCCAACCUUCGCCCUGAGCUUCUUCCUCUCCAGAUCCUCUCCAACCGAAGGACUGAAGGAGGAGGAGGUGUAGGAGGAGGAGGAAAGAGGCCUCAGUUCCGUCCUCCACCUCCUCCACGGCCUCCCCCACCUCCUCCUCCUCCACCCUCCUCCCUCGUCCCUCCCGGCGCCAACACCCUCAGGCCGCCGCCCCCCAAUUCCUUCGCAACGGGAUUCGCCAACCAGGAGCAAGGGAGACCUAAGCGCCCCCUGCAAGGCCAGCCAGGGUUUCCAGGGGGUAAUCUGCAGCCCCCAGCCACCCCCGUCCACUUCCAUCGCCCCCCUACACGCACCCCAGCCCACCCGAACGUGCUCCCCCACCUCCCUCACAAAGACCUUCUCCCCCAGCACUCACAGCCGCAGCAAGUCUCCCUCCCCGCCGUCCAGCCUACCUCAAACUUCCCCUACAACUUUGUGAGGCCUAUUAACGGGGCGCAGAAUAACCACAUCAACGCUCUCCCCCCUGCCGGCCCACACCUCGCCCCCGCCCCCGCAGGCCCACACCUCGCCCCCGCCCCCGCAGGCCCACACCUCGCCCCCGCCCCCGCAGGCCCACACCUCGCCCACGCCCCCGCAGGCCCACACCUCGCCCCCGCCCCCGCCAGCCCACACCUCUCCCCCCCUCGCCCCCACGUCAAGGUACCGCCCGUACAGGUAAGCCACGCGCCUAGACCGCCACCCACACCCACCAGACCCCACCUAAAGCCCUCCAAGCCCAUGCCAACCCGCCAAGGCAUCACGCCGGAGCAGGGACGCCCCCAGCAUCCCAGCAAGACAACGAAACCAAAGAAACCGGCCUUAUGGGGGAGCGCCGCCUCUGCCAGCCCCUCACAGCGCCCACAGACACCCUUGAAACGCCCCCCACAGACACAGCACCACAGUAGACCUCACCCUCAGCCCCAGCGCGUGUUCAUACCCCCACCGAAAGUCGUGCACAAGAAGGACACGAACUCAGGAAGCAUUGGAGCUCCGCCCCCCCACCACAACCUCCCCUUCAACCCGAGUCCGCAGGAGGGGAAGAGCGAUUCUGACGCCUUCCAGCCCGUCUUCGUCGCCUCCCCCUUCCUGGACGACCUGGGCGAUGACGUGAUGAAGCCCAUGCUGGUGAAGGGGCGCCAGAUCCCCACCACCAAAAAGCCCACACUCCGCGCGCCCGAGCUGCAGGACUUCUUCUGAGUGUUGCGUAUGUUGUGUUGUGUGUGUGUGUGUGUGUGUGUGUGUGUGUUGUUGUUUUUGUUGUUAUUGUCGUUAAUAUUAAAUUAUGAGAGAGAGAGAGAGAGAGAGAGAGAGAGAGAGAGAGAGAGAGAGAGAGAGAGAGAAGAGAGAGAGAGAGAGAGAGAGAUUUUAUACGUACAUUCACUCACCUUUCAUCCUUCCGUCACACUCCAUACAUUUAAUACUCGUAGCCCAAUACAAUGUGAAGACUAUAUAUACACUGCUGGUCAGUUGUGAUUAAUAAUAAAAUAAUUUAUUCUCCCA